CGGCCCGACCAAUGACGGGGACGCCCCUGUAAAGAAGGGAGGCCCAGGCCAAAGGGCUCGCGGUGACGCGCUGGCCAUUUAUAUCUGUGGCGCCGGCCGAGGGCGCGUGGUGUAGCGUAGCCUAGAGCGCCCUGCUGCGGCGUCGCGGACAGCGGAAAGGACGGAGGCAGAGUGCACGGCAGCUCAGGCACCGGCGAGCCUCCAGCCCAGUAGCUGUUGGCCGGCCGGGACAGGGAAGGCGUCGGGAUUAAUUAAGAGCAGCGGAAGUGGACAUGGCUGGAUUUCCGAAGGUGGACGAGGCGCCGGAGGGCGGGGCAGGCAUACGCUCCGUGCUGACCAUGGGCUCGCUGGUCUCUCCCUCCGGGAACGAGGUGCUCGAUCUUUUCAGUGCACUUUGCAGAGCUCGAUGGCAAGAUCAUCGGCCUCUACUUCGCUGCGAACUGGUACCCGAGAUGCGAGGCCUUCACCCCGGUGCUGGCCGCGGCGUACCAGCAGCUCAAGGGGCGCGGCGCCGGCUUCGAGGUGGUCCUGGUGUCGUGCGACGAGGACCGGCCGUCGUUCGAGAGGUUCCACCGCACCAUGCCGUGGCUGGCCGUGCCGUUCGGCGACCUCCAGUGCAAGAAGCGCCUCAGCGAGAGGUUCCAGGUCGAGGGCAUCCCGCGCCUGGUGGUGCUCGCCCCGGGCGGCGAGGUCGUACACCCGGACGCCGCCGACCUCGUGCACCGCUACGGCGAGAGGGCGUUCCCGUUCACGGCGGCGAGAGUGGCGGAGCUGGAGGCAGACGACCAGCGCAAGUACGCGUCCCAGACGCUGGAGAAGCUCUUCUCCAUCGACGGGAUGGGGAAAGAGUUCGUGACCGGUGGCAACGGACAGGGCUGCAGGUCCCGAUCUCGAGCCUGGUGGGGAAGACGGUGGGCCUCUACUUCUCGGCGCACCAGUGCGCGCCGUGCAUGAAGUUCACGGCGAAGCUGGCGGCCAUCUACAGCAGCCUUAAGGGCAAGACGGAGGACUUCGAGAUCGUGUACGUCCCCAUGGACAAGGAGGAGGACGGCUACCUGCGGUCGUGCAGCGACAUGCCGUGGCUGGCGCUCCCCUACGAUGGCGCGCCGUCGCGGGCGCUGGCGAGGUACUUCGACGUGCGGGAGAUCCCGACGCUGGUGGUGGUCGGGCCCGACGGCAAGACGGUGACCCGGGACGGCCGGAACCUGGUGAAUCUCUACUUCGACAUGGCGUUCCCGUUCACGGACGCGCAGAUCAGGCUGCUGCAGGAGGCGGAGGACGAGGCGGCCAAGGGCUUCCCGCAGUCGCUGCGCCACCGGGGGCACCGCCACGAGCUCAGCAUCGUGUCGGAGAAGUCCGGGGGAGGGCCCUACGUCUGCUGCGAGUGCGAGGAGCAGGGGCUGGGCUGGGCGUACCAGUGCAUCGCCUGCGGCUACGAGAUCCACCUGAGGUGCGCCCGCGAUGAGGAGGGCGGCAGCGCAGGAACCGGUUAGCGACGAGCUAUAAGGAUCACGUACGGGUAUCUAUUAGACUAGCUGUGUACUAUUGGACAAGAUCUUCGUUUUGUUCCCAGCAAACGUCAGCUUGCUCUUCUCAAGUCUGAUGCUAAAAUAGAUCAGGAAAGAAAUGACCUUCGUUGCAAGGUUUAGGUGGUUUGGCUGAGCGCAGAAGAAUUGCAGCUGCAGCCUUGCAGGUGUUGAGCAAACCUUGAUGCAAUGCCCAAUCAAUCUAGUUAUGCAUUUCUACUGUGGCUU